AUGGUUUUAUUUACACAUUAACAAUCUAAUAGAGAGUUAUACAGAGGGAGAUACAAAGACAGGUUCUGAAAGAAGUCAGCUACACUGAUUUGUUUAGUGUCUCUGUUCAUUACAUAUACAUAAAAUCAAGGUCAGAGUUUUGUUGAAGUGUUUCCAUCAGAGCAUGUAGAAGUGCCUAUCCAUUCACUUUUCAUUCUGCCUGGGAGGAGAGGGGUGAGGAUUAAAUGACUAUCAAGCUACAUAAGUCAUGAGGAAUUCAGAACAAAGUUUAUACAGCUUCCCAGUGAAGCAUUGUAUUAUUUUAUAAUAGGGUGUUUAGCUGUCAUAUUACAACUUGUUACUAAACAAAGUAUUAUGUAAAAAUAAUAAAUGUGUAGCUGGUGUUGCUCUGCCACCUAUAAGUCAUCCUGAACUUUACACCUGGAAGGAGGAACCUGCUAUGCAAACCUACACACACUGUCCCUGCUGGCUUCCUUCAUUCAAAACACCCAGGGCUGAGAGGGAGAGAAGGGGUGGAACCUGGCAGAGGAAAACACAAAAACAAAACAAACAUGAAAUAAACUUUCCAACAAGAUCUGAGAUGACAGGGAGAUAAUUAUGACUCUGAUCUUGCUUAUUAGUGGAUGCCCACCUUUGCUACCUUGCUUCCCCGCCCACCAGCCUUUCAGAUCCUGGUUUUAGCUCCGCCUCUCCUCGGCUGCCUAAGUAUUAUAAUAGGCUGGUCUGAAAGUGGUGCAGAGAGACAGAGCCAAAAGGGGAGAGAGAGAGAUAAUGACUUGACAAUAAUACUAAUAACAAUAAUAACUUGGCUGUUGCCACUGCUACAGCAAGAAGUCAGCUCAGAACUCAAGACUGAAGAAACCAGGUCCCUUGACACAGGAGCACCAGCAACUACAGACAGAGAGAGGAGCAACUGCGACAUCACUAGAGAUAACGUGUUCCAUUUUUAUUGCUCUGAUGAACUGUGGACAGUAACAUGAGGAACCUCUCCCGAAGAAGGGACAGGAUCAAACUUUGAAAGGAUCUGACUUUGCAGAACUACCCAUCCCAGACCGACUGACUUGGGGUUAGCUGGUUUUCUUUCAACAACCUGUUUUCCCACCUGGAGCAACCAAAGUUAAAGCAGUGAGGAAGGACACGGUGCAUCUCCCUAAGAGAAAGAAAUCUCAGAGGGGUGGAAGAAAGAGAGAGACCUCCCUGCCCCUAAGUAACCUACUCUCCAGGAGGCUAAGAGGGGGGUACCCUAUUCUCCAGGGACCUGUCCAAGUGGGAAAAGCCCUCCCCACUUCCAACCAAAUCCCCCCGGGCCCUGUUCUUUGCUACUUGCUAGGGCUGAAGGGGGAGACAACCCCUAGCCUGCGCUGCUCGCCAAGAAGGAAAUCAGGGGGAGAAACAAGAGCCCCCCCACACACACUGUUCCCGACGGGGAAGGAGACCCCCCCCCAAAUCAGCCAGCCACCUCCCCAGCCCAGCUCCUAGGGCUGCCCUAGAGCCGCCCCCAGCCUGGCGGCGGGGGGAGAAGAGGCCGGGGCAGGGUGAGACAGCAGCCGCGCCAUGAAGUUGGAGGUCUUCGCCCCGCGCUACGAGGACAAGCUGGGCGGCAGCGACCAGGAGGGCAGCGGGGCCCCGUCCCCCGCGCCGGGCGAUAGCGAGCUGGGCUCGGACGGGGACUGCGCCGCCCACAGCCCGGGCAGCGAGGGGGCGGCGGGCGCGAGGCCGGCGGGCGCGGAGGGCGGGAAGGGGAAGCCGUACACGCGGCGGCCCAAGCCGCCCUACUCCUACAUCGCGCUCAUCGCCAUGGCCAUCCGGGACUCGGCCGGCGGCCGCCUCACGCUGGCCGAGAUCAACGACUACCUGAUGGGCCGCUUCCCCUUCUUCCGCGGCGCCUACACGGGCUGGCGCAACUCGGUGCGGCACAACCUGUCGCUCAACGACUGCUUCGUCAAGGUGCUGCGCGACCCGGCCCGGCCCUGGGGCAAGGACAACUACUGGAUGCUCAACCCCAGCAGCGAGUACACCUUCGCCGACGGGGUCUUCCGCCGCCGCCGCAAGCGCCUCAGCCGCGCCCCGCCGCCGCCGCCUUCCCCGCGCCCGGCACCGGCCGCCCCCUGCUGCUGCUGCGCCUCCGCCCCGUGCAGCUGCGCCGGGGGCCCCGCCGAGGAAGGGCGAGCGGGCGCCGCCGCGGCCAGGCCGGGCUCCAAGUUCUCCAGCUCCUUCGCCAUCGAGAGCAUCCUGAGCCGGCCCUUCCAGCGCGCCCCCGCCCCGGGCCGGGCGCUCUGGGCCGCGCCGCCCGCCCCCUACCCGCUGGGCUCCUACCCGCACCCGCCGGCCUCCCUCUACGCCGGCGGCGGCCUCCUGCCGCUCUACGCCUACGGGCCCGCGCCGCUGGAGCGCAGGAGGGAGGCGCUGACGGCCGGCGGCGCCCCCCACCCGCCGGAGUCUCCCCAGCUCUUCCCCUCCCCUUCCGAGGCGCUGCUCGGCUCCCCGCUCUAUUGCCCCCUCCGACUGCCCGGCUCGUUGCACCCAGCCACGGGGCUCCCGGCCUCUUACCCGCCCUACCCCCUCGAGAGCCUCCUGCCUUAAUACAGACCCCCCUCCUCCCCCAGGCCGGGGCACAGCGGGGGAGGUGGGGAACACGUGGAGCGGGGAGGAGGACGAGGCUCUGGCUUCUGCACUUUCUAUCCGGAGACAAGUGACUGUGCGGGGGGGGGGGGGGGAGCGGGGUUUUAACCAAACCAAAGUGGGGCGCUUUGUAUUUGGACUUCGCAAGGGGCCAAAGUGCUUCUUAGUCAUUGUUGAAACUACUUGGCUUAAGGCGGGUGCCUGAUCUGCUCUCGGGCUGGUUUCUCUCUGCGCAAAGCCCUGUGCCAUUUUCCAGGGAACCAGUGCCAUCAGGCUGAGUCCCGACUACGGGUUUGGGGUGCGUUGUGCACCCAAGGGUGAGGGCUGGGCGACUGAAAAGGUGCCAGAGGUUGCUGGGUCAUUUCUCUGCUCCGAACCAAUACAUCACUGUGCCAAAUGAACCCCACUAUACAGCACCGAGCAUUUCGUGGGGAGGGGGUGGAUUUAUUUAUACGUUUUAAACUAAAAGAAGUGUUUUAACACGACAGGUCGCAGCUUUUUAAAAAAUAUAUAUAUCGUUAUGUUGGGUUCAAUGAAAUGUCGACCGUGGUCUCUUUCUGUGCUCCGUCUGUUUUCUGAGUUGUGUUUUUUGGAGAUAAGACCACUGGCAAGACAGGAAGGGUUUGUUUUUUGUUUUUUUUUUUUUUCCUCUGUAUAUUUGUGCGUGACUAUUUUAUGGAGGGGAAAACCCUCAGGCUUCAUGGUUAUUUUCCAAUAAAAGUUGCAAAAGAACUCCACAA